CGCCCGCCUGCCCGCCCGCCCGCCUGCCUGUCAUCGCUCGCCUAGCUGACAUCACGCAGAGGAUUCGCCACAAUGUCAAACAUGAGCGACCAGCGCGAGCUCACGGCUUCUCCGCGCCACGAUGCCACGCGCUGCCGCGCGCGCCGGCUCCUUCUCUAAUCGAAACGCAGCUCCGCCGACCUUUUAUGGGUUUGUUCUGUUUGUCCUGCGAUGCUUUAUCGGGUCCAUGUAAGUGUCUGAUCCCAGUCAGAGGUCAUGCUGCGGAGGGAGUCUGACGCCCACAGCCUGUUUACCUCUGGAGAGACAUCCGAUAAUGACUGUGAGAUGGGGGCGAGUUGUGAAGAGGUAGAUGUAGUGUGCCUGUGCGAGGCUGGUCCCUGUACACUUUAUUCAGAAGCACACGCGCCUACGCUGGGUACUCUGCUGUGUGAACACUGUGGAAAAAACAGAGUCAUGUUAACCAGGUACUCUGAGGGAUAUGGCACUGAGGAGGAGUGCGCGUUAUCCGACCCUCAGGGAGAGAGCGAUGCAGAUGCUGACAUAGAGGACACAGACUGCAGAAUCCAGGAGCACAGCUCCCUCCAGCGAAUCAGCUCGCGCAGGCGCAAACGUCCUCGCGUGGCGCGCCAGGACACCACGGAGAGCGAGGACGACGGAGGGCGGAGCCACAAAAGCCAUCGCUGGAACCUGCGGCUCAGUCCCGACAGAGCACACAGCAGGACCAUCCUGGAGGAGAGCGUUUCGCAGGUGAGGCCGCUCGUCAUCACUGGGCCCAACGUGGAGAAGCAGAAGAGUCGUUCGGACGGGUCCCGGGGCUCCAAGCUGACCUUCUUGUGGCCCUCGUCCCUGCCUCUCCCCGUCAAGCUGCUGCUCCUGCUGCCCGUCUCGCUCUCCCUCGUCAUCGUUAUAAUCUCAUUCCUGCUGCCCUGGACCGCCACAUGACACAGCAUAAUCUUUUUUAAUUUAAUUUUUUUUUUUCCAAACAUCGCACAAACAUCAUCGAGUCUUAUGAUGUACCCGAUAGCAUACUUAUUUUUUAUGACUUAUUGAAAAAAAAACCAAAAAAAAACAAGAAUUUGAAUAGAUAUUAAUGAUUAUUUCUGUUUAGAUUGUGUUGUAUCGAAGGACUCUAAACACCUUCUUGGCCAAAUCUUUUCAAGGAGCUUAGGGUCGCUAAGUUUCAGUUUCUCACCCCCUUGUUUGUAAAAAAUAGAGCUCUCAUCUCGUGGCCCCCGUUGUAAUGAGCUUCAAGAGCAACAUCGAGGGUUGUGUAUGUGUGUGUGUGUGUGGGGGGGGGUUGAAGGGGGUAUCAAGGGGUUCAGGAACCUUCAAACAGGGUAACAACACUCGAUAGGAAAACAUGUGAAGCACGAUGCCGCUACACUAUGCAAUUCCUCUGUUCCUCCUGCGGCGCUGAGUGCUGUUAAUGAUCUUCGGUCUCGUCGUGUCCUUGGCCCUGACCCUACCCUCCUCCCAUGACCUCUUCCUACCCCUCGCCUUAGGAGAAUCCUCUAUUAGCGCAGGGACUCUAAAUAGCGUGCAACCCAAUUUAAAAAGCAAUAGCAGCCGAGAUCAGACACACAUUCGCUGUGUGUAAUCUACCGAACAUCUGUCGGUUUCAUGACAAGAUUACGUGGAUCUUUUUUUUUUUUCUUUUUUUGAUUCUUUUUUUGAAGAUUCAUUUAAAACGCCGAACCAUAGGAAAAAUGAGCUGACCUCAAAACAAAAUAAGCUUUAGAAAAAGAAAUACUGUAACUAUGUACAAUAAGUUCAUACACAUCCACACAUUCCCAUAACAUGAUAAAUCUCAAUGAUUGCUGUUUAGAAAAACGAAGCUUGACAAUCAAUCAUGCUAGUUGUUACAAGCAGAAACGCAAACUGGUAAAAAAAAAAAAAAAGCCAUUUUGGCUUCUCUGUACUGUAUGCUGUAUUUGUUCUACGACGUUCUUUCUUUUUAAUUAUGAAUGAUAUUUAAAUAUUUUGUCCAACUCUCCAGAACAGAGAAGUGGUUGUUAUUAUUCAUCAUCAUGUACUGUAUUCUAUUAAGUACUGUGAAUUUAGUUUGGUCGUCAAUCCUGCUGUAUUUUGUGCAUUUCUUCCAUUGUAUACAUAUAUUAAUUUUUUGUGUUUCAUGGGGCAAUAAAAUGUCAAUAAAACUAGAUUGUAUUUUAACAAAAAAAAA